AAGUGCCAACACUGCCUUACCAUAAUUUAUGCUUAAACCAAAGAAAAAAUUGGCUCCUUUUCAUGUUUCUUUUUUGCCCUUUUUCACCUUAAAAAUAGCAAAGUCCAUUAUAUUAAUUAAUAAUUCAGCUUGUCAAAACAAUCAAGUCCUCUUUUUUUUCGUGGAGAUGAUUCAGUUAUUGUUUUUGGUUCUUUUUGCUGAAGGUGUAAUGGCAUUCCUUUUAUUGGUAAAGAUUGGUCCUUUAAGAGAGCUUGUUAUAAAGAGCUUAGAUCAGUUAAAAAUGGGGAAAGGUCCUGCAACUGUGAAAACCAUUGCUGGCACCAUGUCUGCAAUCCUUUUAUCAAGUUUUAUGAGCAUUUUAAAGAUCCAAAACAAAGGUGCUAAGCUUGGUACUAUGUCACCUAUGGAUCAAGUUCUUUGGAGAACUCACUUGCUUGAAGCUUCACUCAUUGGUUUCACCCUAUUCCUUGGGUUCAUAAUUGAUCGUAUUCACCAUUACAUUAAAAAACUUAUCAGGUUGAGGAGUAGAGUCGGAUCUUCAACAGAGGAAGUCCAACGUCUUCAUGAAGAGAGAAAGCAGCUUAAAGAGAAGGAUGAUAAAGCGUCCUUGGAGAUUAAGAAACUGAAAGAAGAAAUUUCAACUCUAUCAAAAAAUUUGAAAAACCUAAAGUCUGAAUCCGAAGAGAAAGACAGAAAGAUCGAAACUGCCGAAGCACAUGUUGCCUCCCUCCAAAAACAAUCGGCUGAUUUACUACUCGAGUACGACCGGUUAUUAGAAGAUAACCAAAAUCUUCAGAAUCAAGGAAACAAGAGUUGAGGGAAAUUCCGAAGUGACUCGAAAAGAACCAUGUACUGACCUUGUCUGAACACAUGUCAACAGAGAUUAGAGUGUUGCAAUUAUCAAAAAGCAAAAUUCUGUAAAAUACGAUGACUAAUCUGUUUUUCGAGAAAAGUAAAUGGAUUAUAGAUGUUGAGAUUCAAAUCCAGGCACAUUACAAAUGUGAUUUAAUUUGAUUUGGUGUUGUUUAAAUGAUCAA